AUGCCCUCCCAAUCCUCAAACUCAACCGCCAGUCUCAAACCGCAACCAGAAGCAACCAUCAUCCCCUCAACAUAUACACAAUCUACACCCCCAGAAUCCUUCCCAACUCCCGCGAACGGCACCCUAACCUGGCAUACCCUUAUCUCGCAACCACACACACCAACCUCGGACCUCUCCGCCGGCAUUGCAGUCUGUCCUCCUCGCACGGGACACCUCUGCCCCCACCGGCACAGCCAGGCUGAAAUAUACCAUAUCCUCGAGGGAGAGGGGGAAGUCACGAUUGAUGGAGUGGCUAGUAAAGUGAAUGCGGGCAGUACGGUGUUUAUCCCCGGUAAUGCGGAGCAUGGAAUUGUAAAUACGGGGAGUGGGGAUUUGAGGUGGUUUUAUGUUUUUUCCACGGGUGCUUUUGGGGAUGUUGUUUAUAGAUUCUCUGAGAAGGGUUCGGCGUUGGCGAAGCUUUAG